GCCCCCCCCCCCCCCCCCCCCCCCCCCCCCCCCCCCCCCCCCCCCCCCCCCCCCCCCCCCCCCCUUCCCCUCUCCCGCGCUCCCCCGACCUCCCCUCCUCGCCUUCAGCUCGCCCAUGCAUCAUGGCCAGCACCCUUGAGGAUGUUCGUGACGCUCUCAGCCACGAGGUGGCCGUCUCACUAGAACUUCUCUCGGACAUGGCCCUACAUGGUUUGCCAUCUGAUGCGCGUGGCGAGGUCUGGCGCUAUCUGCUCCAUGUGCAAAAUCCGGACAAGUCCCGUGAGCUUGCCUCUGCCGUCGGUAGACAGUACCUGUACCAGCUGCUUCCCAAGCAGCUGGCCGAUCCGCUGGUUGUGCCUCGCAUGCGGAGAGAUAUUCGCACCCACCUGCAAUCUUGCCUCCCCUUGCAGACGGUCAUCGAGCCGGUGGCCUUCCUGCUCGAAAGGGUGCUCAGCACCUACCUCCUGAACAAUCCCGACAUCGUCUAUUCCGCCAGCCUGGUGCUCAUUUGCACGCCCUUCCUGGCCACACAGGAGGCCGAAGUCGAUGUGUACUGCUGCUUUGAGCAGCUAAUGUGCCGGCCGGAGGUUCGGGAUCUUCAUGUUUUUUCUCGCGGAAUGCCCGCCGCGCUGGCCAUCCCCGGGGGCUAUUCCGACUCGUCGGUGGCCCCAUUGGCCGCUGGUCCGCCUGGCACCCCAACUCCCUCCAUCUCGGAUUUGGUGCUGUCCCUAAAGCGACUCAACACCACUCACGCUGGGCCGCCAUCGCCACCGCCAUCGUCUCUGCUGCCACUUCCACCAGACGACACUGGCGAUGCUGGCGAUGUGUCUCCUUGCCAAGGUGACGGCUGCACCGCCAGCAGUGGCGAACAUAGUGCCAGCAGCAGCAGCAGCAACACCAACAACAGCAACGGCGCCCGGACUUCCUCCAUCCAUCCGGCACAGGCCAACCUGUCGCGCUUCAUCCUGCUCCUACGCGUGGUCCUGCCAGACCUGUAUGCCCUGUUUGACGAGGUGGAAAUCGACUCGCGAGCCUGGGCCGCCGGGUGGCUGAGCCACCUGCUUGCUGGGGAACUGCCCCUGGCCAGCCUCUUGCGCCUGUGGGACAGCUACUUCGCCUCGCCCGAGGGGGUGUCCCUCCAUCCGUAUGUGUGUGUGGCCAUCCUCCGGCAGUUCCAGGACGAGCUGGACGAGCUCGAUCGGCAUGAGCUCCUGAGCUUCCUUCGAUGCCUGCCACACUUGGACAUGGAGCAGAUCCUCGCCGAUGCCCACAGCAUCCGGCUGGAGGUGUCCGAGAUGAAUAUCAUGUGAUAUCUUGAAUUGAAGUGUCAUGUGGAUGUCGAGAAAGGCAUGCCAAUGUACUGGACCGUUAGUGCUGGUCCGCAUGCA